GUUAAGAUUACCUCACAGGAAAUAGAUUUUCCGGGAGCUGCCAAAUAUUUGCAAAGAGAGCGCAGUCCAGACUACUUCUGUUUUUUUAUUUCUUUAUUUCGAAUACCUUGCAUCUGCUGUUAUGCCACCUAAAAAAAGCCUGCUUCCUCGAUCAUUCCCAGAAGGACUGAUUGUAACUGACACAGAAAAAAAAACAUGGAGACUGGGAAAAAUAAUUGGUCAAGGUGGAUUUGGGUUGAUAUACCUAGUUUCCAACAAUACUAGUGCACCUGUUGCGGAAGAUGCAGAUUUUGUUAUUAAAGUAGAAUACUAUGAAAAUGGCUCUUUGUUCAGUGAACUGAAAUUUUACCAGAGAGCUGCAAAACAGGAUUGCAUAAAGAAAUGGAUGAAAAACAAAAAAUUACCAUUUUUGGGUAUUCCUUGCUACUGGGGAUCUGGUUUAGCUGAAUUUCAAGGAAAAAGGUACAGAUUCAUGGUGAUGGACAGAUUGGGCUGUGAUUUACAAAAACUGUUUGAAGGAAAUGGAAAGAAAUUUAAAUGGAAAACUGUUCUGCAGUUAGGCGUCCAAAUGCUGGAUGUUUUGGAAUACAUUCAUGAAAAUGAAUACAUCCAUGGAGAUAUUAAAGCAGCAAAUCUACUACUUUGCUACAAAGAUCCAAGCAAGGUUUUUCUGGCAGAUUAUGGGUUGUCAUAUAGAUACUCUCCAAAUGGAACCCUCAAAGAAUAUAAAGAGGAUCCAAAGACCCGCCAUAAUGGGACAAUUGAAUACACAAGCAUAGAUGCUCACAAAGGUGUAGCACCUUCCAGACGGGGUGACCUUGAAAUUCUUGGCUACUGCUUACUGCAUUGGAUGUGUGGAAAGCUGCCCUGGGAGAAAGACCUGAAGAAGCCCUUGCUUGUCCAGGAAGCAAAAACAGAGCUUAUGGAAAACCUCCCAGGUUCUGUAAUUCAUUGUUCUUCCCCUGGAGCCAACUGUGGUGAAAUAGCCAGGUUUUUAUCCUGUGUUAAAACAUUGGAAUACGAUGAAAGGCCAAACUACCAGCUGCUGAAAGAUAUACUUUUAGAUGGACUACGAGAAACAAAAAUAGACUACAGAGGUCCAUUGGAUUUUUCCACUGCUUCGGAACUGGAAGCACAUGGUUCCAAGUGGAGUAACAGUGUAACCAAACCAAAAUCAACUAAACCUAAGCCAAGGAACUUGGAACCUACAGAAACCUCUGAAAGUGCUGAAUAUCCAACACAAACACACAGUCGCCAGAGGAAAGCUCAAAGUGAGUCACUAGAAAAGGAGAUGGUGCCACUAGCAAGUGGACUUCGUAGAAAAAAGCAACACAAGCCACUCCAUUUACAGAACAGUGGGGACAUAAUAAACCAGGAAGAAACAUGUUUGCCACCUUCGAAAGAAUCAAUUUUAAUUGAGUGGCAAACCACUACAUCUAGAGAAGUCAAAAUGUAUGGUCUUAUAAUACCAUUUCUCUUAGCAUUAAUCUUGCUAGUUGUAUGCUUCCUGUGA